UAUUAUUAGACAAAGAUAAUUUUUUAACUGUCAUCAGUUGGAAAAUCUUGUGGAAUACGAAUAAAAUGAGCUUAAAACUUCACCCCAAGGAUUAUACACAGUGGCAUUCCCCUAUAGAAACUGUAAUUGAUUUCUUCAAGGGUAAAUUGACAGAGUUAGGCUUGAACAAAAGCGAUAGAAAUGAGAUCGUCAUGGAUGUCGGCUGUGGACCUGGUGGAACUACAAAAGAAGUCAUCCUGCCUUUCUUUUCCAAAGCAGAAAAAAUAAUCGCAUUGGACGCAAUGCCUGAUAUGAUAGAUAUCGCAAGACAAAAGAAUGCCCAUCCUCAAAUUGAAUAUGUAGUGGCUGAUAUUACAGAAUGGUCUACUGUUGAGCAGUGGGAAGCGAAAAUAACUAAAGUGGUAUCCAUUCAUUGUUUCCAUUGGGUGAGAAACCAGAAACCUGGAUUUCAGAACAUUUAUAGGCUCCUUGUUUCUGGCGGAGAAGCGGCAUUUUUCUUUGUAUUAGAGGCAACAUUCUAUGAAGCAACUGAGGAAUUGCAAAAUAGUUCGAAGUGGGGUCAGUAUCUCAAAGGUCAUGAUAAUAGAAUUCCAGAUUCACAUCACUAUAAAUAUGAUGCCUCUUAUUACAAGAAAUUAAUGGAAGAAAUAGGAUUUGAAGUUCUACAUUGUGAGAAAGAAGAGAAAAGGGAUGUAUAUCCUGAUGAUGAAAGUUAUAAAAAUUUCUUCUCUUCUAUCUGUGUUUUAUUACCUUAUAUUCCGCAGGAACACAAAGAAGACUUCAAGAACGAAAUAGUGAAACAUGCGAUUGAGAGAAAUGGGCGCACCAAUACGGGUCUCCCAUUUCAUUAUGGCAAAAUACUCGAGUUGGUUGUUAGGAAAAAAUGAUUCUCGUUAUUGUGAUUUUUAAUUAAUGUUUUCUCAUAGUUUUAAUGUUUUGACCCAUCGGGCUCGCUUAAAUAACCACUUGUUUUUGAGAAUGUCAUAUUUAUUCAAAGGAAUUUUGUAUUUAAAAAACUGAAUUCAUUUUGUAUUUUUAAAAAAUUUAAUGCAUUUUUAUUAUGUAAUAAA